AUGUUUUCCCCCGGUGAAACCUCGUCGGUUCUUUACGAUAUUGAUGAGCAGAAUCGAAAAUUGUCAAAGGCAGAAAGACGUAAACGGCGACGAGCCACACCGAAAUAUCGAAACUUGCACGCGUCGAGAGAACGGCGUUGCAGCAUUCGGGUCGAAUCCUUCAAUGUGGCUUUCGCUCAAUUGAGAGCCCUUCUCCCAACGCUUCCAAUUGAAAAGAAAUUAUCGAAAAUUGAGAUUUUGCGUUUAUCGAUUGCUUACAUUUCCUAUUUAAAUAAGUUGCUGGAUUUG